UUGUCUUUCAUUUCCUCCCAUUACAAUAAAUCUUUUCAUUUAUUUUAGACAAAAUUGCAAAAAUGGUCCCUGUGGUUUGCAUUUUUUCAGGAAAAAAGUCCAAACCACGAGUUUUUUGGUUUUGUGGUCCUUUUGGACUGGUUUGUUUGUGAGAAUGGUCCCUAUACUUAACACCAGUUAAAUUCCAUCCGUUAACCCCCUCAUGUGCCUUGCACGUGAGGGUAUUUCUGUCCUUUUACUUAUAGGGACCAACACUUCCUUCUACCUUUUAUCCCUCAUUUACAAUCCCAAACACCCGUCAACUCCCCACCUCCCUCCUUCUUCCUUCUGCUCCAUUAAACCUGCAAAAAAAAAGUCGUUAUCGAAAGAACCUAAUCGAAGCAAAAGGAGACAAGGUCAUACUUUAAAGUCGAAAUGGUGUACGUAAUGUGGCAGAUCAGACCAAAAAAUGAAGUUGUCGACGUAUCAUCCUUAUAUGCGGGUGCACCCACAUGGUUUAGUAUUAAGCUUCAUCAUGGUGGGAAGUUUACUAAGUUACCUGACAUAAAGUAUACUGGAGGUGAAGUGCGUUAUGUUGAUUAUGUGGACAUAGAUGAGUUUUCUGUACAUGAACUUGAUGCCAUAAUGCUUGACCUAGGUUACCCAGACCCACGGAUGAUUGAAUUGAGUGUUGAAUCCCCAGUGAUAUACUACCAUUUCAGGAUACCCAAUGGUGACUUUCAAUUUGGUCUUAGAGCUUUAGGGAAUGAUCAGGAUGUUAUCAAUCUUUCUAAAUUUAUUCAAAAUAACAAGUUGAUUGAAGUGUACACAGAACAUGGGAAGACAAAUCUACUCACAUACUUCAUGUCUCCAAAUGCAAAGGGUAAAGUUGUCAUUGAGGAAUUACCAGAAAAUGAUGAUCAAGGGGCUAAAUAUGAGGCUGAAGUUCAUGUAGAAUCUCCAUUGAGAAAUAUGAACCAUGUCAAUGAUGAACCAAUUGGUGAGUACAUGUCUUUGAUUCUUUUUGGGAGUAAAACUGAUGCAUUCUCUCCAGAGUAUAGAAGGGGUAGAGUUGGGAAUUCAAAAAGAGAGGAAGGUUCUUGUAGCAAGAGGCUUAAUUUAGAGGAUAUUGAUGAUUUAAAAGAGAAGGAAAACACUAAUGAGGGUGUUAAGGAGGUUCAUGAGGCUGCAACUGUUGUUGAAGGAUGCUACAAUCCAUUUACUUCAAAUAUUGCUAAUGUAGGGGAUGAGAUGAUUGGGGUUCAUGAUAAUGACCAUAUUGAUGGAUGCUACAACACCCCACCCAUUAAUGAUGAUGAACAAUAUAAUGAACUUUUUGACAACCUUAUGGAAAAUUUAAAUGGAAGUGAUGAGUAUGUUGAAGAGUAUGAAGGGGAUGUUGAAUCUGAAGAGAGUGAUGAAGAGUAUGAAAAGGAUGAAGGUGAUGAUCAUGAUGGGAAACAAUCAGAAAAUGAAGAUAAAGUGGAUGACAUAAUGGAUGAGGAGAACAAUAUAGAAGAUGUUGAUGUGGACAUGGCAGACUUCUUUUAA